CCCCUCCUCCCCGGGCCGCGUCGGAGUAGCCAGCAGGGUGCGCGGCGCCGAGCCGAGGGGGCGGGCUGAGGGGCGGCCCCCGGGAGAGAGCGGCCAGGUGGAGGAGGAGCGCGGAGGCGACCGCAGUGGUCACCUGCUCUUCUGCCACGUGGGUGCCCUGACUGUGCUACCAUGGAAAAUGAGACGCCAGCACCACACGCCUCUGGCAGCGCCAGUGUCACCAGCAGCACCAGCAGCUCCAGUAACAGCAAUGGCUGCAGCAGUAGUAGCAGCAGCGGAGGAAGUGGCCGCAACACAGGGCCCCAGAUUUCCGUGUACAGUGGUAUUCCCGACCGGCAGACUGUGCAGGUGAUCCAGCAGGCCCUGCACAGGCAGCCCAGCACCGCAGCGCAGUACCUACAGCAGAUGUAUGCUGCCCAGCAGCAGCACCUCAUGCUGCAGACAGCAGCCCUGCAGCAGCAGCACCUGAGCAGUGCCCAGCUCCAGAGCCUGGCAGCCGUGCAGCAGGCAAGCCUGGUGGCCAACAGACAGGGGAGCACCUCGAGCAGCAGUGUGUCCGCCCAGGCCCCAGCCCAGCCAUCAUCGAUUAACCUGGCAGCGUCCCCAGCUGCAGCCCAGCUCAUCAACCGGGCCCAGAGCGUGAACUCGGCGACAGCCUCAGGCAUUGCACAGCAGGCCGUGCUCCUGGGCAACACAUCUGCUCCAGCCCUGACAGCCAGCCAAGCCCAGAUGUAUCUGAGGGCACAGAUGGCCCAGCCAGGCAACCUGGUGCAGGUAGCUAGGAGCCUAGGCGGCACUGUUCCUUUGUCCCCUCAGCUCAUCUUCACGCCCACGGCCACCGUCGCUACUGUGCAGCCUGAACUCGGCACUGGCUCCCCUGCCCGGCCCCCCACCCCCGCCCAGGUACAGAACCUGACCCUCCGAACUCAGCAGACCCCAGCUGCAGCCACCUCGGGCCCCACCCCCACUCAGCCUGUGCUGCCCAGCUUGGCCCUGAAGCCCAUGCCUGGGGGCAGCCAGCCUACAUCUACCCCUUCUCAAGGCAGAAACACUACCCAGGGGUCCCCUGCAGGUGCCAAGCCGGGCGCACCUGAAGGCGUGACGGAGCCACUCAAGAAAGGAGACGGCAGUGGUAGUGCGCCUGGGAACAUGGAGGGCCGGACAGGGCUCGGCCGGGCGGCACCCACUGUGGCCACCCACCCCCUCAUUGCACCAGCUUAUGCUCAACUGCAGCCACACCAGCUCCUCCCACAGCCAUCUUCCAAACACCUGCAGUCCCAGUUUGUGAUCCAGCAGCAGCAGCAGCAGCAGCAGCAGCAGCAGACUUUGCCACAGCAGCAGCCACAGCACAGCCAGCAGGCACGGCCUGUGCUCCAAGCCCACGCCCAACCCCAGCUCGCCUCGGUCCCUCCCAGCGUGGCCCUGCAGUCUAGCUCUGAAGCCCAUGCCGUGCCUCUAGGACCCAUUACUCCUACCCUGCCACUCCAGUGCUCCGCUGCCAACCUGCACAAGGCUGGCGGCAGUCCGCCAUGCCACCCUCCCACGGCAGAUACGGGGCCUCAGAAUGGACAUCCCGAGAGUGUGUCCCACACCCCUCAGCGCAGAUUCCAGCACACAUCAGCUGUCAUCCUACAACUGCAGCCCACUUCACCCGUGCCCCAGCAGUGCGCCCCCGAUGACUGGAAGGAAGUGGUGCCUGGGGAGAAGAGUGGGCCAGAGACAAGAACUGGCCUCUCACCACAUCAGCAAGCCAUUGUCACUGCCGUGUCUGGUGGCCUGCCAGUCCCCAAGAGCCCUGACACCCAGCAGUCCCCAGUUCAUGAGACAGGGCAGGGCAUUGUUCAUGCACUGACCGACCUCAGCAGCCCCGGCAUGACCUCAGGGAACGGAAAUUCUGCCUCCAGCAUCGCCGGCACUGCCCCCCAGAAUGGUGAGAAUAAACCACCACAGGCCAUUGUGAAACCCCAAAUCCUGACGCAUGUUAUCGAAGGGUUUGUGAUCCAGGAGGGGGCGGAGCCUUUCCCGGUGGGCCGCUCAUCCCUGCUGGUGGGGAAUCUCAAGAAGAAGUAUGCCCAGGGGUUCUUGCCUGAGAAACUUCCCCAGCAGGAUCACACCACCACCACAGACUCAGAGAUGGAGGAGCCCUACCUGCAAGAAUCCAAAGAGGAGGGUACUCCCCUCAAACUCAAGUGUGAGCUCUGUGGCCGGGUGGACUUUGCCUACAAAUUCAAACGUUCUAAGCGCUUCUGUUCCAUGGCUUGUGCAAAGAGGUAUAACGUGGGCUGCACAAAGCGUGUGGGGCUCUUCCAUUCAGACCGCAGCAAGCUGCAGAAGGCUGGGACCGCAACCCACAACCGUCGCCGAGCCAGCAAGGCCAGUCUGCCAACACUCACCAAGGACACCAAGAAGCAGCCCACAGGCACAGUGCCACUGUCAGUCACCGCCGCCUUGCAGCUGACGCACAGCCAGGAGGACUCCAGCCGCUGUUCAGAUAACUCAAGCUACGAGGAGCCCUUGUCCCCCAUCUCGGCCAGCUCGUCCACCUCCCGCCGGCGGCAAGGCCAGAGGGACCUGGAGCUCCCGGACAUGCACAUGCGGGACCUGGUGGGCAUGGGACACCACUUCCUCCCCAGUGAGCCCACCAAGUGGAACGUAGAGGACGUCUACGAAUUCAUCCGCUCUCUGCCAGGCUGCCAGGAAAUAGCUGAGGAGUUCCGUGCCCAGGAGAUCGACGGGCAGGCUCUGCUGCUGCUCAAGGAAGACCACCUGAUGAGUGCUAUGAACAUCAAGCUGGGGCCGGCCCUAAAGAUCUACGCUCGCAUCAGCAUGCUCAAGGACUCCUAGGGUGGUGCCACACGGCCGGGCUCCUCCUCCAGCCGAGCAGAGAGCCAGACAUUCCUGAGGGGCCCAGAAAGGGAGCCGGUUGGAGGAAGGGCUCUCCCCAAGGGCAUGGCUGGCGAGGGGGUCUGGGCACCCUCUCCGUGGCUCUCAGGGGCCUUCCAUUUCUGUGGGAAGGACAGAGAGGUAGGCGGCACAAAAGAUGGGGCUUAUGCUUUGUAAAUAAUGAUGGCACUGGCUUCCUCCAAAGUCCCAGGACGCUAGCCCCACUCUCUUCCCGUCUCCCUGUCCCCCAUUUUCUAGGGGGCGUACGGUCAGGGCUCCCAACCUGGGUUGGGUUACUUCCAAGGGCAACCAGCAGGCCUGGCAGGGCCUUGAACGCCCUUGCCUUUCUUCCUCCCUUCCCCACCCCCAACCCCGCUUUCUUCUCCAUGCCAGCUUCUCCCCCUCCAGCCUGCUUCUGCGGCAGCGGGGGCGCUCCCCACACCCCUGCAGGGGGACAGGGAGCUGUGGGCCCAGAAUGGCCAUGCCUGCUGGCACAGACGCCUUAACGCUGUGUGUGUGACUGUGUGACUGUGGGAGCCUGAACUGAGAGAGAGGCCAGGGGCGCCCUCUGGCACCUCCAGGUGUUUUGUAGCAAACAGCCACUUAGUGCUUUGUCCUGGACUCCACCCCGCCUUAGGAUGGGGACAGAGAAGGGGGCAGCCCCGCUGUGGAGGCAGGCAUGGGAGCAGACAGAGGUCAGACUCAGUGGGGCCUUGGAAGCCCCGCCCCACACUGUGACGUCUUCAGACUGCCCUGCUGUCUCACCAAACAGCAUUAAGGAGGCUGAGCCUCCAGGGCCGCGUGCUGCUCACCGAGGAGCUGCGGCGUGGGUGGGCACCUCUGUCGAUGGGAAGCAGGCAGCCAUGCCCUCCCACUCCCACACUUCCUUGCUUGUAAACUCUAGCAGCAGUUUGAGCUACCUAAGGAGGAGACAAGAGGCAGGGCUGGAGGCAAGUGUCCUGUCCCUUAGAGAAGGCUCCUGGGGUUGGGGUGGGCCUCUUCCAGCAAGGGGCUGGGCAUCCGCCUCAGCUUGUUCUCUUCCCACCCACACCCCCAGGGAGGGUUGGAAAUGAAGGACUUUUUUAAUCUUUUGUUUUUUAAAAAUAAAUCUGUAAAACCCCA